UGUCGUAUCUAAAAUGUACGUGAAGGAUUUAGAUGCUAUUAAGUGUUUUAAGGUUAAUGAGUGAGCAGGUGUAUUCUGUGAUCAUGUCUAUUCAUAAUGGUGAUGUAGUCUACAUUUCUGGCUGCUUGGUUCUGAAUCUGAUCUCUAAUGUCAUUCAAUUUUUCCUAAAAUAAUUUCUGAUCACUGAAAACAAGAUUGGGAAUAAAGGUCUGUUUUAGUUAUCCAACUGUAUGAAAUAGUCUUUUUUAAUUUUUUUAUUUGACUCAUUGAUAUCCCAAAAGUACUUUAAGUCGAUUUUGCUGCUGAAAAGGCAUGUUUAUAUUCUGCCAGACCUUUAUUGAAACCUAGGAGAAAACUUGACGUUUGGUGGUUUUCCACUUCAGUUAAAAGCAAUGACAGGUUCACUUUAGUUUAUAUGCUUUACCAUACCAGGGUGAAACCAAGAGGUGGUGCAACAUCAACAUGCUCAAUUGAAUGUCAUUAAAUAUACUAUUUGAAAUCUAGGCUGCAGUCUAGUCCAGUGGAUAUGGAAACAGACUUCAUAACCAUGCAGGCUUGAUUCAUAAGAGGGAAAGUUCUGCUUUCCUUUUGAGAAAGGUACUUAAUCUUGAUUUUAAACUUCAGGAAAACAUCCAGCUGUAUUAAUGCAUUGUAAAAAAAAAAAAAUCAGCUGCAAAGUCUCAAUUUCCCCUGCUUAUCAGGAAGGGAUUGGAAGGGUUUAAAAUUUAUUUCCAUUGCUAAGUUAAUUAGUCAUCAUAAUUAAACCAUUGCUUACUACUUGCUUGACAUGGCAAGGCUAUGGAAAGUCAUACGUUAUUAGAAGGGCUUGAUUAGGGUAAAUUUCAACAUAUUGAAUGUCUAAAAAAGCACAAUUAUUAAGCCAUGCGUACAGUUGCAGAUUAACAUGCAUGCCUUCAAUUUUUAACAAAGCAGUGCACCUGAACACUUCUUGCAUCAAUCAGGUCAGGCAAAAUUCUUUGUUAUCACAUGAAUCCGGUUAAAUAUCCUGAUUCAAUAACAAAAUUGAAUUUGAAAAUUUGUUCAAAUUCAAAUAAAAACGGUUGAGAAAUGGCCUGGGACUUAACACAUAUGUAUUAGUUUAAGCUGAUAUAUAUAUUUAAAUUAUAGCAUCAAUACUAAUACAUUAUUUGGUUGCUUGCAGCCAUUUUACAGUCACAAAAGUGACAUCAGUGAACCUGCCAUGUAGCGUUCCACUGAUUCUGUUUUUCUUUCAGCCUCAAGGAUUCUAUAAUGCGACCACCAUCAAUAUUCACUGUCAACAUAGAUUAACAAUGAUGUUCAGUCCUCCACUAUAACCAUGGGCUGUGGCACCUCUGUCGCCACAGAAGACCAAGGGAAGAGACUUGAAAAUGAUGAGUCCAUCAAGGGCGGCUGUCCAGCUCUCACGAUGAAAGCAGCCAUCCUAAUCCAGCGCUGGUACCGCCGCUACAUUGCCCGUCUGGAGAUGAGGCGUCGCUACACCUGGAACAUCUUCCAGUCCAUUGAGUACGCCGGGGAACAGGAGCAGCUGCAGCUCUCAAGUUUCUUCAGUUUCAUGCUGGACAACUUCACUCAGCUGAACGGGAGCAGUCCAUGUGACCCCAUGACUGAAGAAGGGGGAGUGGCCAGGUAUGAGCUGAUUGACGUGGAGGACUCGUACUGCGGCCCUCACCUGUCCUUCCCUCUCAAUGUGAACCACACCAACGCUCUCCUCAGCACUUAUAAGGAGCAGAAGACUCUUCACGCCCGAUACGUCUUACAGUUGCUGCACGAAACAAAGAAAUUCCUCGAACAGAUCCCAAAUAUCAUUCACCUGUCUACAUCAUACUACAAGGAGAUCACAAUUUGUGGUGAUCUGCAUGGAAGCCUUGAUGAUCUCCUACUCAUUUUCUAUAAGAACGGGCUUCCAUCGGCCAAUAACCCGUACGUGUUCAACGGAGACUUUGUGGACAGAGGGAAGAAAUCUGUGGAGAUCAUCAUCAUCCUGUUCGCCUUCAUGCUUCUGUACCCGGACCACAUGCACCUGAACCGGGGCAACCACGAGGACCACAUAAUGAAUCUCAGAUAUGGAUUUACGAAAGAAGUUAUGCAGAAAUACAAGACACACGGCAGGGAUAUUUUGCAGCUGCUGCAAGAUGUCUUCAGCCUGCUGCCCGUGGCAAUGGUGAUUGACAGCAAGGUGCUCAUUGUACACGGUGGCAUAUCCGAUAUGACUGACCUCAACUUCCUGGAGUCCAUAGAGAGACACAAGGUGAAGUCCGCGCUCAGGCUGCCCAGACGGACCAUGGACAGCGUCAUGGCGACCAGGUGUGGCAGUCAGGUAAAAGGUGACCUGAGGCGCAGGAGAAGAGGCUCGGCGCAAAGGAGGAAUCAGCGGAAGAAGGGCAGCAGCGGCUCCUCCUCCUCCUCUUCUUCAUCGUCCUCUUCAUCAUCCUCAUCUUCGCUGUGCUCUCCUCGCAUUUCCUCUCGCAAUCAGCCCCGCCCCAGGCUCUCCUCCAGUGUGCUAAGCCCCACCCUCACCUCCUAUGUACCCUGCAUGGACUCCAUGGUCUCCAUAGAAACGCAACCCAGGGAAGAAGAGGAAUGGAAGCAGGUCGUGGAUUUGCUUUGGAGUGACCCCAAAAUCCAGGACGGCUGCACGCCCAACACCUUCCGGGGGGGAGGGUGCUACUUUGGGCCGGACGUGACCCGCACCCUGCUGGAGAGACACGGUCUCAGUCUGCUGAUCCGAUCCCACCAGUGCAAGCAGGAGGGGUACGAGCUGUGCCACAACGGCCAGGUAAUCACAAUUUUCUCCGCCUCCAACUACUACGAGGUAGGCAGCAACCGCGGGGCCUACGUCAAACUGGGGGCGGACCUCAUCCCUCGAUUCUUCCAGCACCAAGUCAGCCACUGUACCAGGAAGCUCACUCUGCACCAGAGGGUAAGUGCAGCAGAGGAUUCAGCCCUGAAGGCCUUGCAGGAGAAGCUGUUUGCCCAUCGCACUGAGCUGAUGACCACCUUUCAACAGUACGACAAAAACAACACAGGUGCCAUCUCUCUCAGUGACUGGGCACAGGCAGUAGAAUCUGUCCUGAGGCUGGACCUACCCUGGCGCACCCUCAGGCCGCGACUGGCUCGCCUGUCCCAGGGCGGCAACGUGGAGUACCUGUCCUGCUUCGAGAACAUCUGCCCGAACCAGCCUCCCCCCCUGGUUACCCCAAACCUUGCAGAAACCUUGUAUCGGUACCGAACUGACCUUGAGAUCAUUUUCAAUAUUAUUGACAAAGACCAUUCAGGUCUCAUCUCUAUCGAGGAGUUCCGUCACACCUGGAAGCUCUUCAGCUCACACCUGAGAGUGGCGGUGGAGGACAGCGUCAUCGACGACCUGGCGCGCAGCAUCGACUUCAACAAGGACGGCAGCAUCGACUUCAACGAGUUCCUGGAGGCCUUCAGGGUGGUGCAUCGACUCGACACCAAGGACCAGCAUCAGGACUGACUGAGGAAAACGACUGAGUCACUCAAAGACUCUCUGAUAAAGACUGAGUCACUCAAAGCCACUCUCAUAAAGACUGAGUCACUCAAAGACUCUCUGAUAAAGACUGAGUCACUCAAAGACUCUAUGAUAAUAACUGAGUCACUCAAAGCCUUUCUGAUAAAGACUGAGUCACUCAAAGCCUCUCUGAUAAAGACUGAGUCACUCAAAGCCUCUAUGAUAAUAACUGAGUCACUCAAAGCCUCUCUGAUAAAGACUGAGUCACUCAAAGCCUCUAUGAUAACAACUGAGUCACUCAAAGCCUUUCUAAUAAUGACUGAGUCACUCAAAGACUCUCUGAUAAAGACUGAGUCACUCAAAGCCAAUCUCAUAAAGACUUAGUCACUAAAAGUUCCACUCAUAAAGACUGUCACUCAAGGCAUUUUUAUUUAUUUAAAAACAAUGCAUGAAUGAUGUCUCCCUUUCUGUGAAAAAGAUUUACUACUACUCCGCAGUUAGAGUAUUAUGCAUAUUUUAGAGCACUGUUAUAGAAUACCUGACUGUUAGCACUUAGUACAGACCACCAGGGAUCCUGGUUUUCUGUGAAACAUUCACAGUAUCUGUUAAAAACAUGAACUUCUGUGUUAACUGUAUUUAAACCAAAUUUCUCAACUGUGCUUAGCCAACUUAGCUAUUUUGUGUGUGCACACAUAUAAUUAUUAUCAUCACUGACAUUUGACUUGUUUAAGAUAACCAUUUUUUGAAAUAUAAAGAAUAUUUGUACAGCACGAUUAAAAGUGUAAAGUGUGAAACAGUCAAAGAACAAUUUUCUUUGCCAAGUCAACUUAAGGGUAACCUUUUUAAAAAUAAAGUAGAAUUUUGUUUUUCCUUUCUCUUCAAA